UACCGCCAUUUUUUUAGCGCAGGUCAUGGCCAUGUUCCAAACAAAGGAUUUGUAUGUGUGUUUUCCCCAUUGGUAAUUUUUUUAAGUGAUUUUUAUAAGUAUUCUUGUGCUUAUAAAGACGGUUACGUAUAUUUUCGUGCUUACACGGACAAGUGCAAAGUGAGAUCGAUACAUAUUGGUUAUUAAAAUUAGUUUUUAAUAGAAUAAAACCAUAAAUACUUUAAGUUAGGUUAUGUUGUGCUAUUUAAACUUCGAUCUUCAGCCAAGUAUUUAAAUAAUUUUUAAAUUAGGUGAUUAUAGGUAGUGAUAGAUACUUAAUAGUAAUAAUGGUUAUGUGUUUUGCUCCGACCUGUAAACAUUAUAGUGAAAGAGACGAUUGCAAAUGGUUUGCAUUCCCACGGGAUCCUCUCGAACUGCGAAAGUGGCUAAAAUUAAUAAGGCGAGAAGAUAGAGACCCUGGAAAGCACUCGAGGAUUUGUAGUUGCCAUUUUGUGGACGGCGAUAAGGAAAACAGACCGACCAUUUUUGACUACAACAUAACUAAACGGUUUAAGGGAGAAGCUUUGCCAAAAAAGUCACACAAACACUUCCUUGCCAACGUUGACAUUAACCAGCCAAUACCUGGACCGUCCGGAUUAGAUGAUCAAUUCGAAGCAACCACCUGUGCUGAAGAAGUUGGUAUGCAAGUGUCUGAAAGUACUCCAUCGACAUCGACAACUGUAAUGGCAUGUUCAUCAGCUGGAACUAGUUAUCCGUUUGGUGCCAUGGUUGAUGCAGAGAAUUAUUUUCUAAAAAAUGAAGUGAACAGUCUAAAAACUGAAUUGCUACAUUUAAAACAGAGCUUUUCAUUUAAAAAAAUUGAAGGGAAUUCUCAUUUAGUGACUGUGUACACUGGUUUACCCACAAAAGACAUUUUUUUGACAUUGUUUUCAUUAUUUGAAAACAUGAAAUUAAACUAUUUCAUGGGGUGGCAAGUUGUGUCAGUACCGAAAAUCGAUCAACUGUUAUUGACAUUAAUGAAAUUAAAAUUAAAUUUACUCAAUGCCGAUUUAGCUUUAAGGUUUAAUAUUAGUCGAGAAACUGUGGCAAAUAUAUUUAAAACGUGGUUGUUUGCUCUUCAUGAAAUAUUAUUUGUGCAAUUAAUGAAAAAUAGUCCAUCACGUUUUAAAAAUAAAUGUUGCAUGCCAAAUUCUUUUAGUUCAUUUACCAACUGUAGAAUGAUAAUAGAUUGUACAGAGGUAUGCACUAUUCAAUCAAAAAAUAUGGAAAAGCAAAGAAUAACAUACAGCUCCUACAAACAUCGGAACACACUAAAGGGUUUAAUUGGAGUUGCACCCAAUGGUGUUGUGGUUUUUGCCAGUAAACUUUAUCCUGGAUCUCUUUCAGAUAAAAAAAUUACUGAACACUGCGAUGUAUUACAAAGACUGGUCCCCGGCGAUUUGAUUCUUGCCGAUAAAGGUUUUUUAAUUUCAGAUUUGCUACCUCAAGGUGUUUCUUUGAAUGUUCCUCCAUUUUUAAACACACCCCAAUUUUCACGUGAGCAAGUAAUAAGAACAAAGACUAUAGCUAAAGCUCGUAUUCAUGUUGAGAGAGCAAUUAAUAGAAUAAAACAAUAUUUAAUAUUACGAAUGAUACCAUCCACCUUAAUACCACAUGCGUCUGUAGUAUUUCAAACAUGUGCGGCACUAACAAAUUUACAAUUUCCCCUGAUCAAGGAAGUUGAAUCAUUAUACGAUUAAAUCUUUACUUAUAUAUAAUUAUUUAUAAUCUGAUUUGGACUGCCUUAAAAUCUAAGUUGUUAUAAUAUAUGUACAUAAUUUACAAAUAAAUUUACUUAAACUUAAAA